GUGAGGUUGCAAACUGCAAAACCAGUCACCGAAAAUUCAUUCAUUCCUUGCUUUCUUUCUUUCCUUUCAGCCUCUUCUUACAUCCCAAGAAAAAUAAUGGCUACUCUUACCUCAAACGCAUACAUUAGCCCACAAUACAAUGUUCCCAAAGACCAUCAUCUACCUCAUGGUUGUGUAGUUGAGGAAAUAUCAGGGCUUAUUAGAGUUCACAAAGAUGGAUACGUGGAACGACCACAAGUUCUUCCAUGUGUCACUGCUAGUACUAUUAGUCCAGAGCUAAAUGUGACAUCUGGAGACAUGGUCAUUGACAGUGCCACGAACACAUGGGCACGUUUUUACGUUCCAAUUUGCCAACACGAGUUGCCAUUGCUCGUUUAUUUCCACGGUGGAGGCUUUUGUGUUGGGUCAGCUGCAUGGAGUUGCUAUCAUGAUUUCCUUGCAAGGCUGUCUGCCGAAGUGCGGUGUGUGAUUAUGUCAGUGAACUAUCGAUUGGCCCCAGAGAACCCUCUUCCAGCACCCUAUGACGACGGAUUAAAGGCCCUAAUGUGGGUGAAGCAACAAAUGCUAUAUGAACAACACAAGGGUAGUGGUAGUAACAGUGAAUGGUGGACUACAAAGUGUAACUUCUCCAGUGUCUUCUUGGGCGGGGACAGUGCUGGUGCUAACAUAGCCUACAACGUUGCCACAAGGGUAGCUGCAUGUGAUGGUGUUGCUUUAAGGCCUUUGAGUCUGAAAGGUCUUAUUUUGAUACAACCCUUUUUCGGUGGGGAAGUAAGAACAGGUUCUGAGAAAUGCAUGGCUCAAUCAUCGGGUUCUGCUUUGAACUUGGCAGCAUCUGACACUUAUUGGCGCUUGGCGUUACCCUGCGGUGCGAACCGGGACCAUCCGUGGUGCAACCCUUUGGUGAAAGUGAAGUUGGAGCAGUUGAAGGUCUUGCGUACCUUGGUGUGCAUCUCGGAGAUUGAUAUAUUGAAAGAUAGGAACUUGGAGUUUUGUGAUACUUUGGUUAGAGCAGGGAAAAGGGUUGAGUUUGAGCUGUUCAGAGGUGUUGGACAUGCGUUUCAGAUUUUGGGUAAGUCUCAGAUAUCCAAGAACAGAACUAAGGAAAUGAUGGCUCGUGUUAAAUCCUUCAUGGCUCUCUGAUUCUCUGUUUCACUGUUCUGCUCUCUCUCUUUCUCUGUAUAUAAACUUAAUUCAGUCUUCUCCAAAUCAAACUGCCUAUUGUAAAUUUCUAAAUCUUCAA